CAGGUGGACGGCGAGUCGCAUAAUUUGCCAACCAUAAAUGAUAAAACAAGGAGAAGCCUUUUCAUUGUCGGUUCUUUUCCAGUCAAUUCACUUCCAAAAGCGCAAAACUACGCGCUCAUACGCUCUCUUAAUUUUUCAAGGUGUGUACUGUCUCUAAACUACGUAUAUAUCUACCUUUGAAAAAAAAAUGUUGUUCUCUUAAAACCCCAAUAAAACCCUCCAAGUGCCUCUUUACUACUGUCUAACUCUAUGACUCGGACUCGAUCCGGCGACCGAUUCUAUAACCCACCGCCGAUGAGGCGCAACCAGCACCGGCUUCUGCUGCAGAAACAAAUUCAGAGGGCGUUCAACAGCGACAACCGAAUCGAUUCAGCCGAGGUAGAGGCCCGAGCGGACUCGGACUAUUCGACAUUGUGUAUGUCCAACUCGGUGUCGGCUUCUCCUCCUAUUAAUAUUCAUUUAACCAAUUUAGAUCGGCUUAUGGAAUCGGUUACUCCCGCUGUUUCUGCUCAGUACUUGCCCGAGGCAAGGUUACAGGGUCGGAGAACUCAGGAAGCUGAUAUACAGCCUUUUUUUUGUCUUGGAGAACUAUGGGAAUCAUUCAAAGAGUGGAGUGUGUAUGGAGCAGGAGUGCCUCUCCUAUUAAAUGGGAGUGACACUGUUAAACAGUACUAUGUCCCAUCCUUGUCAGGCAUACAAUUGUAUGUAGACCCAAGUAGGUUGAGGAGGCAUGGAGAGUAUAGUGAUGCUGAGUCUUCAAAGGAGACAAGCGGUGCUGGUAGUAGUGACUUUGAAGCAGAAAAGCACACUAAAGGUGGUGUUGACGGUGCAGAUCAGCAUUAUCUCAAGAACUUAAACUCACAGGGAAUGCAGAGGCUUAUCUUGAGAGAUAAACCUCUUCAUUGUUCAUCCAACGAUGAAAUGGAGAUUUCCAGCUCACAUGGGCUGCUUGUUUAUGAGUAUUUGGAACAGGAGCAACCCCAUUGUCGGAAGCCUUUAUAUGAUAAGGUUUCAUCACUUGCAUCUCAAUUUCCCGAUAUCAAAAUCUACAGAAGCUGUGAUUUAUUGCCUGGGAGUUGGGUUUCUGUGGCUUGGUACCCAAUAUAUAGAAUACCUAUGGGUCCAACACUGCAAAAUCUGGAUGCAUCUUUUUUGACCUUCCAUUCCUUAUCCACAAAAGCUAGAAGCAAAAAUCAGGUACAGUUGGAGGUGCUCAGUGGCGGGAAGGCUUAUAGCAUGACUGCUUCUUCCAAGAUUGCUCUACCUGUUUUUGGCCUUGCUUCCUACAAGUUUAGAGGUUCAAUUUUAACUCCAAUUGGAGCCCAUGAAUGGCAGCAAGCAAACUCUCUAUUACAGGCUGCUGAUAAUUGGCUUCGAAGUUUGGAGCGGCAGCAUCCAUUAGAGAUGGUAAAAGGGGAAUGUAGUUGGACUCUUUCCUAUUUUGCUGUGCAUGGGGAACUUCAUGAAUUUAUAGUCUGGGCAUAUAUUGUUAAAUCUCUCACUACACCUUCUUGCUUGAUUCCCGUGAUUCCCUCCUCGAACUUUUGGCAUUGCUGCAGGAAAUUUGCACUGUGUUUGGCCAUCUAAUCCCUUAGGUCCCAUACCUACAGUUCUGAAGGCAGAGUAUCUUCUGAUUUAUCAGGUUUAUUCUAUAUGUCGAAUCCGUAGUCUAGUCUUUUUUUUUUUUUUUUUGAGAUGAUCAGUCGUCUAGUGAGUAUGCUCUUAUAGUUGAUAUUUUGUGUUUACUAAGUUGUAUAGCUUUUCAGGGAUUAAUUUUCCCCUAGAUUGUCGCAAAAAUUAAGAAGGGGAUUUAUAUGCAUCCACUGAUAAGAAUACUACUAGUAUUUUGCAGUGUGACAUUACCAUCAUGGUAAUUGUGUCAUAUCCGGUAAGCACCGCACCGAUUUCACUUGUCAUGUGGGAAUCUUACCAUAUUUGUAUGAGUAAUGACGGCGUCGACCCCUCUCGUUUAUUUAUUUUCUUUUAGUUUUUAAAGGCAUUGCGGAAGCAUUCGACUCGAGGGAUUAGUUUUCUCAGACUCUUAUUAAAUAUUUCUAGUUAAAUCUUGUAAAUAAGAUGUUCAAGAAGAGUGGAAUAGGUUUAUAAGUUCAAUAUCUCAAUUGUAAAAUAAUAUUCAUUUGUUUCGUGCA